UCCACUAAACAAAGAUGAAGUCCAAAUCACGAUCGCAAACGCCAUUCAUCAAAAAAUAUUUAAAAGUCAGUUCAAUACAUGGCUUUAAACACCUAGUACUAAGUAAAAACAGACUUGAAAAACUACUCUGGUUGAACAUAAUAAUCUUAGCAACAUCAGGAGCAUCCUACAUAAGUUAUCUGACAAUCACUCGCUACAUCCAAAAUCCAACUGUGACAACCAUUGAAAGGAACCACUUUUCGUGGGACACCAACUUUCCAGCAGCUACAAUUUGCCCCACAGCCAAAAUCAACGAAAAAAUGGUGCAUGAUUUAACCGAGUAUAGCACAGUUAGCAAUAAAAGCCUUUUCUAUGAGUUUAUGUUGGCUUUGGCAGCCGGAACCUAUGAUAAUUUUGAUGAGAUUCCGUAUUUUGAUGAGUUGGAAAAAGAGCAAUACAUCACUUUAUUAUUGGAGAUGCAGUACGAGUUUAAACCGGUUUUCAGAACAUCAACUGGAGUUGAAUUAAACUAUUGGGAAAACGACCAAUGGGAUAUUGUUGAAGAACAAGAUAUUUUCAAAGUAAACUUUCUUGACGGUGAAAGCUUUAUAGAAGUUCUAAACAUUACAUCCGGAUUCAAGAUAUUUUUCCAUGGUCCAUACGAAGUAGCCGACAUAGUUAGCAAAGGCGUAACAUCGUCAAAUGGAUACAGCUUGAAGUUAAGCCUAAAUGCUCUUUCAAUAACAAGCAGUAAUUUGACAAAGAGUCUCAAUCAUAAUCAAAGAAAAUGCAGAUUUUACUACGAAAAUAAUUUGAAGCACUUUCCCAUUUACUCCUACGUCAUGUGCAGGAUGGAAUGCAGAAUAUCUUUGGCCAAAAAGUUGUGUGGAUGUGUGCCUCAUUUUUAUAGAAGAAUAGGGAUUGAAGAAGUGUGCGGGGUUAUUGAUCUACAUUGUUUAGCUAAAUAUAAAGGUAAUUUUUUAUUGUACGGUACUUAA